AUGGCCAACCAACCACUGUCAGUUGUGAAAAAUAUAAAUCACACAAUGUCUGUUGAUCAGAGUGAAACAAUAAAUUUAGCGCCGCAUAUUGAAAACCUUGGUAUUGGUGAUUCUCCUGCUUCUAGAACUGAAUAUGGGUGUGGCAACAGCCACAAGGACACAAAAAGUAAUUUGGUUCUUAGUGGCUUACCCUCUUUUCUUUCCUGCACAUCACCAGAGGCUGAUAUGGAAGUCACCAGAAAUUCUCCAGUAAUAAACCUCAAUGACCUUCCUUCUACUGAGCACUUACUACCAAGGUUGAGUACAUUACCUGGUGGAAAUAUUUCUGAGUACAACAGCCCUAAACAUAAGGAAAGCAGAGUAAAUGGUUGCUUUAGUAAACAUCCUAGUGAUCUCCUGUUGAAACAUUCAGAAACUGCACUUUCCGACAAGACUUGUGUAAUUCAACAUAAUAUUCUUGACAUAAAUAGUAAUGAACAGGGAGAAUCUUUGGGUUCUUGUGAAGAUAAUACAGGGCCGUUAUCCAGUCUCAAUAAUACACAAUAUGUUUUAACUUACAGUUCAUGUGAUGAGGCCCUCAUUCAAACAAAAUCCUGGAAAGAGACAGGGAUAUUACCAGAAGAGGGAAUGCAGAAUUUACAAUCUUUGUCUGAAGACACCCAGCAGGUGUAUGUGUUGAAUGCAAAACCCCUGAGACCACAUUUUACUAGUGAUAUCCUUAAUUGUAAAGAUGAUAUAGACUAUUGUAAAUCAAAUUUUGAACACCAAAAAGAUAUAUGUCCUCCAGGACAAGCCAUCCACACAGAUACGAAAAGUUCACAAUUGUUUAAUAGCAAUAAAAAUGACCAAGCCUCAGGGAUCAUUUCAACCCACACAGAUCCAUUGUUUUGUAAUAAAAGUGAUAGUGAAGAUGCUGAAAAUUUUUGCAAUGAAAUUGCCGAUCAGAAGCUGCAGGCCUUAACAGAACUAAGAAUAGGAAAGGUGACAUCUGAAAGUAAAUGUUCACAGAAAGAGAAAACCCAUGGAAAUUCUGAGAAUACCAAUGAUGAUAGAGAUGAUGGCAAAUAUGGUGCUUCAAAGAGAAAACCUGAAGAUUCAUAUUUAAUUAAUAAACAGACUAAGUUAAAGCAUGACAUAGAUGAAAAUGAUAAUACAGAUUAUGGCAAAGGUGCUUUAAAUGUUAAACCUGAUAAUCCUGUAUCAACCACUGAGGAUUCUACAACUUUAGGAAGAUGUCUUCAGAAACCUAUCGUAGACACUGUUACUGGAAAUAAUGAGCAAUCCAAUUCUAAUGACUCUUUGUGUGAUGUUAUAAAUAAUAUGCAAGAGAACCAUUACUGUGUUGUGCCACCCUUAACACAAAACUUUGGAAGUGCAUAUCAGAUUCUUCCUUAUUAUGAAGCUAUAAUGCAAAGUGAACAUGUUUUUGAAUCCCAAUGUAGGAGGGCUAAAGCUGUAAACACUCAUUAUAAAAAUACAGAAAGUUUACCAAACACUUCUGAGCUAGAACAAUCGCACUUUGGCUCACAAUGUUCACUUGGCUUGAAAAGAAUGGUAGAAGAUGUCAAGGGUGAAAAUCAGGCAUUGAGGUCUUUCAGGAUGUUGAAGUGUAAAGAAGGAAGUAAUUUUUUUAAACCAAAAAAUGAGGAAUCAGAACUUGGUAUCCCACAUGGAACAGGAACAUAUGUCACAAAGAAUGAAAGCACACAGGAAGGUUCUACAAUAUCGGCACCCAAGCUACCGCAUGGUUUUCACUCUGAUGUUCAUUCCUUGGCUGAAACAGAUGGCAUAAUUUAUUUUGGUAGGGCUUCUGGGAGACAGGGAAAUCUUCAAGAAAGAUUUGAGGAGAAGAGCAAUCAAAUACACCAUAAUGUAGGAAGGGAAAGUUGCCAAACCAAAGAGCAAAACUUCAGCGUCAAAGUGCAAGAGGAAAACUUGCCUGCACAACAAACACUAAACAAACUUCCAAGUAAGAAUACGAUUAUGCAAAAAAAUGAAGGUCUUCAGCAAAGGAAGAAUUAGAAGACAAAACUAAGGUUAUCUCGUCACAAAACCCUGAAAAUACUACUUGCAAAUCUGAAUCUGCUUACCCUUGUUUAACUUAUUCUACAAAUGUCUGCACUUUGCCAGCUGCUGCACCAUUUGAUAACUCUUCUAAGUGUAUUUCAAAAUCAAAUGAACUGUUAAAAUGUAUCCAGAAAGAUUCAAAUAAAUGUCAGUAUCAAUUUUCUCAAAGCCAAGAAACACACCAAAUUAGUGAAAUAUCUCCAAGUUGUCAGCCAUCCAGUUUUGGACCAUGUCAAGACAUUGAACCAAUGGAGAAAGGAAGUGUAGACCCUGGCUUAGGUCAUAUGUGUGAAGUGUCUAUUUCCACCACUAAGAAAUGGCAACAUAAUCCUAACUCAAAAUUAGGUUUGAUAAUGGAUAAAAACACACCUCAACCUAUAGAAGUGCUGGACCCCCAUGGAGUAAACGUCAUAUCAACUUGUGCAUUAGAAAACUAACUGAUCCAGCUUUAACAAUGGAAUACAGAAUUAGAAAAAAUGAAGGAAUUGGAAACAAUGUUUGUGUGACUGAAGCAGACAGUGGAGAAUGUCCUUCAGAGAUAAAUGGAUCUGCUGAGAUUUCCUCAGGAGAAGAUGACACCGAAACAUCCAGUUCUUUAGCCUCAAGUGGCCUCACAAGUUUGAAAAUCAGAUCACCGGAGAGUCUUUCAUUAUUAAAUGAAGGCAAAUCAGAAAUGUAUGGUGCUAAUCACACAUGUGUCCCUGGUGACAUUUCUCACGCUGUAAUUUCCAAAAUAGACAUGUCAACUUGUACCAUGUCUAACAAAGCUUACUGUUCUUGUUCUACCCAUACACUGUGUGUAUGUUUAUCACCUACCAUGGCUCUUGCUAAAUCAGAGUUGACUGAAUCUUCAAAGUUCUCUUCUGAUGAAUCAGCCUCCAGCCUAAGAUAUGAAUCUUCUCCACAAAGAUUAGGUUCUGGCAUCCAGACUGUGUGUAAUGAAGAAAUCCAUUCAAAUAUGGAAUCAAAGGAUUGGACACCACAUAAUGUAGCACACUGUAAAAUAAAUUGUAUUACUGAUCACUGUCAGUCUCCAAACUGUUUUGUAAAUGCCCAGGAAAGCAUUGCUGGGCAUACACAUUUUGGGGAUGAAGGUACUGAUAAUAAAGACUGCGUUCCCAGUAAAGUACCAUCUACACUCCCCAGCAGUUUAUUUCAUGACUCAUCACAACAAACACAGACAUCAGUAGGAGAAAUGGGUGAGAAUACAGAAGGUCUUCACUUUUCCUCAAGUGACAUUAACCCCUUUGUGCACUCUUGGCAGCAGGAAGUUAGUCCUAGGGCUGGGUGGAGGAACUUCUCAUUUAACAGUGCCCGUGAUGUAUCUUGCAGUAAGUUUCAAGCCGCAGCUGAUAAAUUAAUAAGGUGCUCUAGUGUUGAUGAAGGGCUCAAUUCUCAUAGUUCUCCUUUUAAUUCACAUCUUAGUUCCUAUGCAAAUGCUAAACCAGCAUCCAGCACAAUCAGCAGUUUUGGAGGAAAUGAUUCCAGACCUGAUUUAAAUUCACUUGAUGGUUUUCAAGAUCACCUACUGGAUGAAACUGUUGCUGUACACACAAGAAAUGAUACAGAAUUUGUUGGGGCAACUGGGUCACAAGUAAGAUUUGAAGACUGUUCCCAGCUAGAUGAAAUAAUGAUUCUUUAUACUUCAGAGUCAGAGACUUGUAAUGAAAAUGACCAAAGAAUAUCUUAUGAACACAGAACACACACUAAGCCUAGAUAUCGUAGGACCACCAAGCACCAAAGAAGUAGCACAGAUGUGUUAUCCUCACGAAAAAUGAAGAACCAGAAACCAGUUUCUUGGUCCAAUGUGCAGAGCAUGUCCAUUCAUUUAUCACAGCUGUUACAAGAAACCUCAGAGCUACUGGGAAAUUUGUCUCAACAUCACUCUGAAAAUUUCCCACUUGAUGCUAUUAAGUUACAAAAAGAUAGUGCAGAGUCACUUGUGAAAAAAUCAGUCAAAGACUCUUUUACUCAAACUUAUGAAGACAAAGGUAUUCAGACAGAUAAGACAAAAACAGAUAUCGCACAGAACUAUAGCAAAGAAAAUAACAGUUUUCUAAGCCCCUCAGAAAUAAGUGUUAUUGUAAAGGUAGUUGGAGCUGAUUCAUCAACUUAUAUACCAGACAACACUCAUUUAACAGGGGCACAGAGUAGUGGUCAAAUAACAAAUGUUAGGACACAAAGCCUUCCAAACUUACAUCGAUAUGUGCCUGCUAAACCAGCAGAUCAUGGGAUGUCUAAAUCACCACAUGUACGAGCAUCUGUCCCGUUCCUGUCUGCUAGCACUUUUCCACUUUCUUCACCUACAAGUUCUCUUGUGUCAUCCAUUUUGAAUAAAAACUCCGAAGAUACUUCUGCUGUAGCAAAUAGUCCUUCAUCCGAAUUUCAAACUCUGAGAUGCCACACUGCAAUUCAAGGAAACACUCUGAUGGUUGAUAGAGCUUCAUCACCAAUUCUAACACUAAGAGCAAGCAAGAAGCCUUUUAAUAAACUUGAACUUGAAAAUCAUUCUAGUGAACAAAACUUUGAGAAAGUAUCUUGGCAUAGGAAAAGGAGAGAACAAGAAAAUUGUAAGCUAGAAGUCACCGGUUCUCAAACAGAAACCGACAGCGAAAGCAUUUUUUCAUUUGGUCAGGGAAAUAAAGAAAAUAAAUUUGAAGUUGUACAUUGUAGCUCUCUCAGAGAAUCACCUAAAAGAAGAAUAGCAACACAUAAAGUUCAGAGAUACAAGAGUGAAAACUGCAUUCUGCAAAACAAACACUCUCCCAUUACCAACCAAUUUAGUAGUAACUCUGAGAUUUCAGGGUAUGGAGACAAGGAAGAUCAAAAAGACAAUUUUAGAUCCACUCAACCCAAAAAAGUAACUGAAGCCAUUUUUACUGCUUUGCCACCUUGGGAACGCCCACAAUCACUUGAAAAUCUCUGUCAGAUAGCACAUCCUGUGUUGGACAGGCACGCGCAGUCUCUAAAAAGAACUACACAGACAGUAUAUGGUACUGGUGAGAAUGAUUUUGCUAGUAGUACCAUAACAUCACGUAAUUCAUAUGUAAAAAAUGAAAACUACCAAUAUUCACCUUCCCAAGUAAGUGGGUUUGACUUGCAACUGCAGGAUGAUGGCUCCUCUGUAGUGGAGAGUGAAUGCAAUACUGACAUUCUUCUAGGUCAAGAGCCCACAUUGGCAAACAGUCACAGAUUACAUCAUUACAGUUUGCAGGAUCUGCCUCUUCAUAAUAAGUUCAGCAAUUGGUCUGGAGUUCAAGGUAGCUCACAGAGAAAUGAACAGUUGACAAUGAGUUACCCCAAUUUGAAUAUGAAACAGAGCCCAACCUAUAUGUCUCAGGAAGCGAUGGAAAGCCGAUCUCGUGAGAUUGAGAAACUGCAGCGGGAACGUGCAGAGGUCAUGUCUGCAGUACACUUGGAAAUGAAUCCACAGCCCCUUACUGUACAGCUAGCAGAAGCCAAGCUCAGCUAUGGAAUUGGAGAAACUGAUGCACUACUGAGAGUGAUACAGACAGGAAAGAUGGAAAGUCAAGAUCAGGUUUCAAUAAAGAAACAGUUAUAUGCAAGGCACAUGAAAGUGAUAGAAAAUUUACGCAAGGAAAGAGAAGAGAGAUUGCAGAGUUUUAGGAGGAGCCGCAGCCUCAGCCCUCAGAAACAGCUGAGUGCCUCACAAACAUCGCUGUCAUCAUUAAGAGACUCUGAUUCGCCCAGCCGGUGCAGAGAAUACCUGCAGCAGCUGAGAAGAGACGUUGUGGAUAGCACCAGAAUUCAGGAACCAAAGAGAAGGGCAGCUCAGUGUCCCUCAGAGAUUGAAGCGAUGCUGAAGGAUUACCAGAAGGCUCGGGAAGAGGCCAGGACUGAGAUUGCUAGAGCAAGAGACAAGUUACGUGAGAGGGCAGAGCUAGAGAAGAGACGUCUGCUGCAGAGCUCUUUGCAGAAGGAGGAUACCAAAAUGAAGACACUUGUAAGCACCAGCACUUUAUUUACCAAUUCUAGUCUCAGUCUGUCCUCAGGACCAACAUCAGGGUACAACAGUGGCAUGACAACCACCCCUGACAUGGGCAAUAAGAGCACUUCCAAAGAGGCAAAGAUUUCACCAAAGGGCCUGGACUUAGAACUUGGUUCUGGAAGGGGAAGAUCUGCAGUGAGGAAAUGUUUUCUUCUGGUCCCCACUCAGAAUGCUUCAGUGCCUGACCCAAAUAUAAACCAACCACCUGCUGCAAGUUCAGCAGCAGAGGCAUCACCAAGACAACCUACUCAUCCGCUCGCUCCCCUCCAUCGUGCACCUGUAUUAUAUCAGGAUCUUGCCACCCAGGUUCAAGCCAGCGCAAUGGCAGAGGUAAUGGCUGCUUGUUCGUAUGACACAAAGAACCUGUUUAAUGGCCAGGCAGCAGCAGGCUGGAUAUACCAGGGAACCGAGAAGGAUGUAUUGGUAUACUACAAGGCCUUCUCAUCUCCAACAAAGCAUGGCUUUAUUGGAGCUGGAGUCAUCAAGAGGCCUCUAUAUAAUGUCUGGGAUAUGGUGAAAGAUGUUCAUGCAAGGAGACUGUAUGACAAGUCUAUCCUAAGUGCUUAUGUACAUCAGAGAGUGAGCAGCACUGUUCAGCUGGUCCAUGUGGUGAUGGAUAUGUCACUUUGUUACCUAAAACAACCCAGGGAUUUCUGUUGCAUCACUGUGGAAUCUGAAGAGGAGAAAUGUUGCAGCUUGUGCUUCCAGUCAGUGCAUAACGAAUCUAUGCCGCGUCCUACUAACGAUGUUGUAAGGGGAGAGAUCCUGCCUAGUGCAUGGAUACUGCAGCCUGAUAGUAGCAACGGAGAAACAGUCACGCGGGUCAUUUAUAUGGUCCAGGCUGAUCUUGGAGCUCCAGCUAUUCCAUCUAGGCUGCUUGGUGUGGUCAGCAAGAGGCAGCCUUUCGUGCUUUCAAGACUGGCCAAUUUCCUCUCUAGGUAA